GGACGCGCCGGCUUUGAGCAUCCCUGGCCCGGCAGGUGGGUGGCUCCGGGGCUGUAGCUCCGGCGGCCGCUGUACUGUCGGCCCGCGACAUGGCCAGCUCUGGAGAGGACAUGCCCAGUGAAGAUGAUGCGGGCACCUCGGCGGCCACGGUGGCGGGCAGCAUCCACCUUCUGGGCUUCUCCGACGAGAUCCUGCUGCACAUUCUCAGCCACGUGCCCAGCACUGACCUGGUGCUGAAUGUCCGGCGCAGUUGCCGGAAGCUGGCUACCCUCUGUCUGGACAAGAGCCUCACCCACACGGUGCUACUGCAGAAGGAUUACCAGGCCAGUGAGGACAAAGUGAAGCAGUUGGUGAAGGCUAUUGGUCGUGAGAUCCAGCAGCUGAACAUGGCAGGUUGCUACUGGCUGUCGGGGGCCACCGUGGAGCAUGUGGCCCGCUGCCGCAACCUGGUGAAGGUGAACCUAUCGGGCUGUCACCUGACCUCCCUGCGCCUCUCCAAGGUGCUCUCGGUGCUGCAGCACCUGCGCUCACUGGCCAUUGACGUGAGCCCUGGCUUCGACGCCAGCCAGCUGAGCAGUGAGUGUAAGGCCACGCUGAGCCGCGUGCGGGAGCUGCGGCAGACACUCUUUACACCCUCGUACGGCGUGGUGCCCUGCUGUACCAGCCUGGAGAAGUUGCUGCUCUACUUUGAGAUCCUGGACCGCACACGCGAGGGUGCCAUCCUCUCGGGCCAGCUCAUGGUGGGCCAGAGCAACGUGCCGCACUACCAGAACCUGCGGGUCUUCUAUGCCCGCCUGGCGCCCGGUUACAUCAACCAGGAGGUGGUGCGUCUCUACCUGGCUGUGCUCAGCGACCGCACGCCUGAGAACCUGCACGCCUUCCUCAUCUCUGUGCCUGGCAGCUUUGCCGAGAGCGGGGCCACCAAGAACCUGCUGGACUCGAUGGCCCGCAAUGCCUGCCUGGACGCCUUGCAGCUGCCUAAGUCCUGGCUGAACGGUUCGGCGCUGCUGCAGCACAUGCGUUUCAAUAACCCCUUCUACUUCAGCUUCAGCCGCUGUGCCCUUUCAGGCGGCCACCUGAUCCAGCGGGUCAUCAACGGUGGCCGGGACCUGCGCAGCCUGGCUAGCCUGAACCUCAGCGGCUGCGUCCACUGCCUCUCUCCAGAUGCCCUCUUCCGCAAGGCUGAGGACAACAUCGAUAGCAGCAUCCUGGAGACACUGGUGGGCGCUUGCUGCAACCUGCAGCACCUGAACCUGUCGGCUGCCCACCACCACAGUGCUGAGGGCCUAGGCCGCCACCUCUGUCAGCUGCUGGCCCGCCUGGGCCACCUGCGCUCCCUGGCCCUCCCUGUCUGUGCUGUCGCUGACUCGGCGCCCCGGGCUGACCGGGCACCUGUGCCACCUGCCAUGCAUGCCGUGCCUCGGGGUUUUGGCAAGAAGGUGCGCAUCGGUGUGCCAUCAGUGCCCAGUCCUUUUGCCACCGGGCAGUCGGCGCCCCAGCCCUCCUCUGUCUUCUGGUCGUUGCUGCGGAGCGUGCCCUUCCUGGAGCGCCUGGAGCUCAUUGGCUCCAACUUCUCCUCUGCCAUGCCCCGCAAUGAGCCUGCCAUCCGCAACUCCCUGCCACCUUGCAGCCGGGCCCAGAGUGUCGGUGAUGCUGAGGUGGCUGCCAUUGGCCAGCUGGCCUUCCUGCGACACCUGACGCUGGCCCAGCUGCCCAGCAUACUUACGGGCUCUGGGCUGGUCAGCAUCGGCCUGCAAUGCCAGCAGCUGCAGUCGCUGUCUCUGGCCAACCUGGGCGUGAUGGGGAAGGUGGUCUACAUGUCCGCCCUCUCAGACAUGCUGAAGCACUGCAGGAGGCUCAAGGACCUCAGGCUUGAGCAGCCCUACUUCAGCGCCAACGCGCAGUUCUUCCAGGCGCUGAGCCAGUGUUCCUGCCUGCAGCGCCUGUGUCUGGUCUCCCGCAGCGGCACACUGCAGCCUGAUGCCGUGCUGGCCUUCAUGGGCCGCUGCCUGCACCUUGUCGUGUGCCACAUGUUCACCGGGGAGUCCCUGGCCACCUGCAAGAGCCUGCAGCAGUCCCUGCUUCGGAGUUUCCAGGCGGAGCGGCCGGCACUCAAUGUGGUCAUCUUUCCCCUGCUCCACGAGGGCCUGACCGACGUCAUCCGGGACGUUCCCCUGGUACACCUGGACGAGGUCACCUUGUUCAAGAGCAGAGUGGCCGAGGAGCCGCCCAACCUCUGGUGGUGA